AUGGCGUACGGGUCGCUUCCUUCUUUCGAAGACGACGACGAAAGAAGAAGCACAUCAUCCUCAUCGCGUGCGCAGCGCGGGGAACGAUCGCCCGACGAGGGACAAGAACACGAAGUUAUGAUCGCAUCAUCGGAAGUGAGAUCCUCGGAGAAGACCAGAACGACAGGAAGGAAGAAAUACGUCGCGAUCGCAGUGGUUGGCGCGAUGUGCGUCGCCGGCGUGUCGGCGGGGUCUUCGUCUUCUUCUCCCGCGAGAUUACAUCAUCAGCUCGGAGAUGAGGCCGCGGUUUUCACGGAGAGAAAGGAGCAAAAUUUUCAGCCUUCGAAACUGGCGCGCGCUCGUGUCGCCAUGGCCUCUCUCGGAAAGAAGAACAAACAAGAUUGGCACUGGGAACACAUCGGGAACGGGUAUUACUGUCACAGCAACGCGAAGUACAUUUGCGAGUUUUGGGGAUCGCCGCCGCCUCCGGCGUAUCCGUUUCCGCCGCAGAUGCCGAAUCCUCCGCCGCCGCCGAGUCCAGCGCCGCCGCCGAUGAGUCCGGACGUGCCGUCACCACCGCCGCCACCGCAUCCGAUGCCACCGCCGUUGUGCGCGAGCGAAGCGUUUAACGAAGAUUCGUGCACGGACGAAGUUGUUGUGAAGAAGUGCACGAGUAAAGUGAGCGAAAAUAACAACAAUAACAACAACAACGCCGACGCCAAGGCGACGCCUCAAUUAGGCGAGGAGAAGUGCGAAGACGUGAAAGUCCCGGUGUUGGGGUAUUGUUCCAUGCAAUCCGCGUUGCACAAAAUUCAGUGUCAAGUGGACCAGACACCGUCGGCGCACUUGGCGCAGUCGUUGGAAAACUUGUGCACGGAAUUGCCGGCGAAGAUUGACGCCGUCGCGAACUUUACGAUGUCUAGAAUGUUCCCGACCGAUCCGAACGUUUUAGCGGAAGCGUUCAACUCGAGAUUCGCAGCAUCUGCUACGGCCUCGUUGGGUGGUUCAUCUUCUUCUCCGUCGUUAAUCGGCGCUGAAGAAAUGUUGGACAUUUUCGAUCCGGAUAACGAACACGUGUUCAGAGACUCUAUUCGUAAACUGUUGCGAGGCGAGCCCGGGGUCGCGGACAAGAACAGCAAAGGUCACGAGAUUGCCCCGUUGGGUCGCUCAGCGCACCAGUUGGGCGAGCAAGCGUUGAUUGCCACCUUGGGCGGCAGAGAAACGUGCUUCUCUGUCCCGGUGGAUACGUUCCCGCACCACGAAAUGUCCGGUCAAUUCGAAAUGGAAUGGCCGCAAAAGUUGCACGCUUCUGAGUAUCGCCCGUCGAUGUUCCGAGCGCAAUUGUUGUCCCCGGAAUUCGUUUCGUGCAUCACGAUGAAUAAGUUUGAGAUUCCGAUGGAAGUCGCGCGAGGUAUCGUGGACACGUACCGGACGUACUUCAAACCAAUCAUAACCAAAUCGUUGGCGCAAGUCAACGACGCGACGUGCGGGAACAACAACCAAAUGGGAAGAUCGUCUAGAAUGGGUAAAAAUGAAGCGUCGCAAUCGAAAGAUUCUAUCGAAAAGAUUAAAGCGUUUACCGAGGAAGGUUUGGCCGGCGCCGCGAAGAAGAAGACGGUGGUCGGACGAAGUUUGUUGAGCAGCAGUUUAGAAGAGAAAACGAAGCCAAAGACGUACUUAAGAACGACGACGCAAAUUCCAACCGUAGAUUUGAGAGGUGCGGCGGAUAUUAUCCAACGCGAAGCGAACAUGGGCGGUUCCGUUGACCACGCUUCGUUGGUCGAGGAACGCAUCAUGUUGAAGAUCAACAACUUGCGCGCGCAGUUUCAAAAGGACCCGUUGCAAGACAAAGCGUUCACCCAGAAGAAAAAAUCCGAGGCUGAGAAGAAACACUCCUCCAGAUCUCUUUUGAACGUGGAUAAUUACAACGAAGCCAUGGAAUCUGCGAGAAUGUCCUUUACGAACGCGUUGAAGAACACGAGAAACGUCGAUUACGAAGCUGAAUUGGCGACGUCUAUCAACUUCAAAGCGUCCUUCAAAGCCGCGAACACCAUGUUCAAACACGGCGAUUUAUUCGAUUUGACGGAUACUGGACCACCGGUGAUUAACAAAGAAGAGAUGAUCUCCUUGGGCGUGCCGGGCGUGUACAUGAAGACCAACUUAGCGGCGAGGUUCCGCAUGCCGUAUUACUUCAAAGCAGACGUGCCGGGUGAAAUCAACUUCCACGUCAAGGGUGACGUGCGCUAUAAAAUUAAGGUUUCCAACAAUACCGCCGCGGUAGAGUUCUUAGGAUCUACGAUUCAAGCCGAUCCGGAAGAUAUCACGUCCUCCGUCGUCGGAUCCUUGCAACUCGGCACUUCGGUACGUUUGGACGAGUUCGUCACCGCCGUGUGCGUCGGCGACUUGUGCACCGGCCCGAUGUUGGCCAUGCAACAAGACGCCUACGUUGGCUUUGAUACGUUCGAUACGAACGGCGAAGUCUCCUCCGAGGAUGAAACGCCGACGUGUUACGAAGGACCGGGUGGGCUCGAAACCACCUUUGUGGAGUGGGAUUACGACGCGUCCGCAAAGGCGCAGUGCGUGGCGUCCGCCGACGGUGCCGCCAAGGGUGUCGGUUCGUACUUGCAAGUGCCGAAAUCGCCGAUGGGUGUGUACAUGACCACUUUGAACGGUCAAGCACAAUCUAUCUGGCACGAUUACCACUUAGACUCUGGAGAUGGACACUUCUUCAUGGAUGAAUUGUUCCACACGUGCGCCAAGGAGGACGAUCCGGACACGUACGUCGACGCGUGCGAUGCGGCGUAUUUGGGUGAAUUGCCGAUGAAACCGACAAAGUCGGCGAGAAAAGCAGCCAAGCUGGCCAUGAAGCACCAUCGCGCGCACAGUAGCACGUUGAAGAACGUGAACGUGCCGAAACCGACGCCUGUCGCGCAAGUCGCCAAACCGGCGGCUGUCGCGCAAGCCAAGCCAGCUGCGGUAUCUAAGCCAUCUGCUGCGCAACAACAACAAGCGAAGCCUGUUGUGGUCGCGGCCGCGACGACUGUCAAGCCUGCUGCUGCUGCUGCUACCAAAACGCCAACCGUCGUGACUGCCAAGGCGGCGCCGGUUCGACCAGACGGCGUCUACGAAAAGAAACCGGACGGCAUGAUGCGCUUAGUCGCCACCGAGCGUAAAACGCCCGAGCAAGAGCUCGCGGAAAAGAAGAAUGCGGAAGAAGCGAAGAAAGCUGCCGAAACUAAAGUUGCCGCCGCGGAGAAGAAAGUGCAAGAUGCGAAAAACGCCGCGGAUGUCAAAAAAGCCAACGUGCAAAGCAAAAUCGCAGCGGACCAAGUGAACGCGGCGACGAAAGUGAUGAACGACGUCAGGCAGCAACAGCAAAAGCAGCAGCAGCAGCAAAAGCAGCAACAGCAACAACCAAAACAACAACUCAAACAACAGCAAUCAAACAACAACAUCAAAAUGACUCCAAUCAACGAAGAAGCGAAGAACCUCGAAAAACGAUUAGACUCCAUCGAAGCUUCGAUGGGCCGCGAAGAACUCGAAAAGAACUUACAAGCGGAAAAGUUAGCGAGAGGUAUCGCCAUCCCGGAUCUUCCCACCGCUACGACUCCUAAAGUCGCCUCCGCGACGAAGAAGCCAACCCAAGCGAAGAAACCAACAACAUCAUCCGUGAUUUCCGAAAUUUCCAUCGACGACAUCGCGGCUGAAAUCGCGGACGAGGCGAGCAUGGAAGGCGCGUAA